AUGUUCUACGAACCAGGUAAAACAGAUCACGGAUUGGACCACGACCCCUUCAAGUUCAACAACCUGACCUAUGACCCACCAUAUGUCAUGUUCUCCGCCAACCGGACGCCCUCCAACAGGCGCAAGGACACGGUUGUGAACGCCGAGGCCACAGGAAGGUUCGCAUGGAGCCUAGCAACGUGGGACCUGCGGGAGGCAGAGUUCACGACGGCCCUGCAGGACCCACAACUGCCAAUGGUGAAGGCCAGCCCCGUCAAGUUCGAGUGCGUCUACCACACCACCCUGAAGCUGCCGGGGAACCCGCCCAUGGGCAGCGCCGACGUCGUGAUCGGGCGCGUGAUCGCCGUGCACAUCGCAGACGACGUCUUAACCAACGGCAUCCUUGACGUGCGGAAGACUCAGCCGAUCGCCCGGUGUGGAUACUAUCAGUAUGCGGUCAUAAGAGACACGUUUGAAAUGGUGAUCCCCAGUACGGGAGGGUGGAGUGAGGACCUCCUCGGUGGACUCGAAGGCUCCGCAAAGAAAAACAGGCGGAUCGCCGAUCGCAUGCGAGAGAUGCAGAGAGGGGAGACAGACACAUCUAGACCGUAGAUCAAAACACAUGACCGCAGGCAUGAACGUC